AUGAACGCCCAAGCAGAGAAACAGGAGCACCUCAGCGCCACAGGACCCAACCAGGAUGGACAAAACAGACACAGCAACGUCACCAUGGUCAACGCCUCUCAGACACCCUCAACUUCCCCCUCACCCCUCCGUCGUAACACCAGCAGCAACAGCAGCCUCAGCCAAAACAACAUCUCAUCACCACCGCCACCACCACCACCACCAAUGAAGCCCACCGCAGAUAAAAAGAGAUCGCUCUGGGAUCGGGCCAUCAACUCCGAAGUCGGUCGUCUCGUCUGCUCCUUCGUCUUCUUUGCUGUUGUCUGCAUUGGCAUGGCCUUCUGCAACCAGUUCUCAGACCAUCGCUUCGUCAAGACCAAUUACACCGACAUCUAUCUGGAGGACCGUGGAUUCGACAUCUUCCCCGCCCAGCAAGAUAUCACCCCCGCCAACACCUUUGUCAUGACAUCUAUCGUCUUUACCCUCAUCGGAAUCGCUAUCCUCUGCCCCUCAUGGCAGACCCGAAUCAUUGUCCUUCGCCGUGUAUUCUGGGUUGUCGGUGCCUUGAGUGUUCUCCGUGCAACUACCUUGUCCGUCACCACCAUGCCCACACCCAAGCGCGGAUGCAAACCUGCGACCGCCACUGGAUUCGGAGAGAUGUUCUGGAUCGCCUUGCAGAUGAUCCCUGGAACUGUCCAAGCCUGCACUGACGAUAUCUUUUCUGGCCACACCGUUUUCAUGGUGACCUGUGCGAUUCAGUGGCGAUUGUAUAUGCGCAACUCUUGGAUCAAGUACGUCUCGUUCAUCUACAUCACCAUCGGACUCUACUUUGUCAUCGCCGUCCGCCUUCACUACACCGUCGACGUCGUCCUGGCCAUCUUUAUCACCUACGCAGUUUGGUCCUUCUACAUGGCCAUGGUCGACACUGUCAUGGAGAAGGAGUACUUUGGUCUCCGCCGCCACAACGAAAAGUACACCAUGUUUGACAGCUACUGGCUCGAGAAGGAGCAGCUUAAGGAGCAGCAUUACAAACAGUUGGUCGACCAGUCCAGCAAGGAUGAUGAUCCUUCAGCACCCCAGCCCUCGGCUCUUGUCGUGAAGAGGGCUCAGCUUCAGCACGUCAUGAACCGCAUUCGUGGCCCCGGAAUUGGUCACAGCAGGGGCGAGUACGACCAUGUGGCCUUUAUCCCUAUGCAGUACAACAUUUGGUUGACAGGAUUGAUCCGUUGGUGCGAUGGUCUGGAUAUUCGCAUGCGCCAGUCAUCCAAUGGCUUGGGUGUGACCCGUUGGGAGGAGUAUGUCAUGGAGCACAGGACUCAGCAUAACCCCGUCUCGAGCAGCAUUUUACCCCAACACCAUCAGUCUUUGUCUUCAUCGGCAGUACCAACCGCAUAUCAGGCCUAUGGAAAGCAGGAAAUCAACGAUGACGAGGAGAUCGCCGGUCUGGACGUGUUUGAUCACAGUGGACAGUCAGCGAUGGCACAAGCAGGACACCAACACCCUCGCGAGUACACCGCUGCACCAAUGGGACUCGACAAUAUCCAGAUCGUUAGUCAUCAGGAUACCGUCAAUGCCAGCCGUUAA